UGCAGCCAAAACGAGAUCAUGUUCUUCAUGUUACUUUUCCCAAAGAGUGGAAGACUAGUGACCUUUACCAGCUUUUCAGUGCCUUUGGUAACAUUCAGGUUUCGUGGAUUGAUGAUACAUCAGCAUUUGUAUCAUUGAGCCAGCCAGAACAAGUACAAAUAGCUGUAAACACCAGCAGGUAUGCUGAAAGUUAUAGGAUCCAGACAUAUGCAGAAUAUGUUGAGAAAAAACAUGAAGAAAAACAGGCUAAGAGAAAAUGUACAGAAGAUAGUUGGAAGGAGAUGGAGAGAAAGCGGUUAAAAACUCAGUGCACACCUUACGUUUCCCAGAGUCGAUACUACUGUGUUAACAGUUUUACAGGUACCAGUACAGUGGGAAAGAGAAGCAUGAGUCCUAUUCAGGAAGAAACUGGUUCUGAUGAUAUGGAAGAGGGAGAAGGGCAAGAUCCAGGAUAUGAUCAGACUGACUCUUGUGCAGAGUCCCUUCCAGAUGGUAAGAAGAGAGCCAAAAAGUUCAAAAAGAUGAAGACAGAACAAGUUCCAGCAGGAAGCCUCACAACUAGUUCCACUGGAAUUUUUGAAGUCCCUGAAACAUGGUAGGAAACAACUGCCUUAACAAGUGGAAUUGAUUGAAAGCAGUUGCGAGAAUACACCUCUUGGAAGCCAUACUUUAUUUAAAUAAAGUGGUGUUAACAAAGCAGUAUGUGUCCUGAAAAUCAGUUUAAUUAUUUUAAACUGUUUAUUGAACAAUCACUGUCAAUUUUACUUGUGUGUAUAUUAACUAGUAUAUGAUUCAUUGUUGAUCAUGUGAAAUCCUUGCUGUCGUAAAUGUUGUUAGAUGUAAGAAGCAAGACUAAAUGUAUUUUGGUCACCUACUUUGGCAUGCCUGCAAUGAAAUGUACAAAAAGAACUGGCACUCUGUGAUUCCAUGCUAGGCUGUUUCCUGUGCUUGAGGGGAGUUACCACAAAUCCCCCAAUCUUCAGCUAUUUUUUCAGGCAAUAUCAGUAUGCUGUCAGCAUUCUUGAAACAGGUAGAACGGCAGUUUCGUAUAUUGCUUUCUACCAGUUACUUUAUCCAGAAAUCUUUUUUUAGUUUUCUCUUCUCUACCCCCCUAUCCCCUGUGCAGCUAGUAUUCAUCUAAAUAUCAACUUUACACAUACCUUGUCCUUUAAAAAACUGUGACUUAAAAGUUUCUCAAACAUUAAUUUCCUGUUAGGAGGUAGGUUUUUUUUGUUUUCACAUCAAUUGCUGUUUUCACUCUUCACUCUUAAGUCUUGAUCUGUUUCUUCCCUCCUUCUUCCCCAGCUUGUGGGGUUUUUGUAAAAAUGUUUUUUGGUACCUGUGACAAACCUGCUAACUGUACCAGCCUUUAUUUGUUUAAAAAAGGAUCUGCAUUGGUAGAUUUCAGCAAAUGUUUGAUAUUUAACAUUUUUGUAUCAUGGAAAUAAAACCAAAAGAUGUAUUUCCAUAAAAUGAAAAUUAAAGACAUUUUCUUAGGAA